UCAGUCAUUAUCAUGUGGCUGAUGUAAACAAAGCAUGAUUGUCGGAUUUUGUCAAUCGAAAUGUACAAACAUGGAUGUUAUUUUGAUAUAAAUCAUUUAAUAUGGUUUAUAAUUGUUAUAACCCUACAACUUCAACAAUGUAAACCUCAAGCAUACUCAGCAGAAGUGGAAUGGACUACCGCAGUGCGACUCUCAGAUUAUAAAGGUUAUAAGUCAGUCAGUCUAACAAAGUACACCAUUCAAGAGGGCACCAUAGAAGUAUUAUGGGAUAUAAGUGCUGACACACUGCCAAAAUGUCCACAGAAGGAUGUCUAUAUCUAUAUAAGACAUGGCAGUUAUCCACUUGUGACACCAUACAAUGAAACAUAUCCAGAAAAUUUCCAUAUAGAAGACAGCCAUCACCUGAAACUAACAACCAAUAAUGUGACACUACCUUAUUCCAUAAAGAUGCCCAAGUCAGGAUCCUGGUUCUUAGGAGGAGUUCUACCAAGAGCACAAAAACAAUAUUUACAAGCAGGUCUGAAUAAGAAAAACUGUGUGUAUGGUAUGGGUAUCCGAGUCAUAUCUAGAUAUAUGGUUGAUAUUGAUGAAGUGUCAACAGGGAAGUUGUAUAAUUUUGUAUUGCCUGCCAACAAAUCUAAAACCAUUAAAUUAACAGUUCCAGAAGGAACAACAUCAUUCUCUGUGUUAGUGGAUGGUUGUUCUGUAAACACUACUAAUACUACUUUCUGUCCUGUCCUAAUAUCAGCAGCAUCUGGUCAUAUUCCUAACGUGUCAGUGGAUACAAAUGUCAACUGUACUUCUGACACAUGUCAGUUGGAUUACCAAUCACCUUUCAUCAAAGAAUGGAGUUACAUCAGAAUUGUACCUUAUCUACAGGCCAAUGAUACAGAACUGAAUGUCAGUCUUCAAGUUAAUACUCAGAAUUGUUUAAUGAAUCAGUAUAUAAUAGCGGAACCAGUUGAACCUGUUGAAGAGGAUGAUAAUAAAACACAAAUUAUACACUACAAACCUAAACCAGCCCCACCAGUUACUAACUCAUCGUGUGUUCAGCUUCAACAGAUGGGACGAUUUGACAUCAUGAAUGAAGAUUUCCUCUCAAUAUUCAUCUUCCCUGACCAAUUCCUUUACCCAUGGCCGAACAUGAGGUUGUUCUGUCCAGAUACACAAGUCCUUCUCACGUACUUUGAUUUGUCAACAGGGAGGGAUGCUGGAGGGACAUUAAAAGUGGUUUUCACAACAUCACAUCUGUAUGUGCAUCCUCGACAAGAUGCCAAGGUAUACCUGUGUGUUAUGAAAUCUUCCAUUCCUUCACUGACAACUGUUACACAUUGUCCAGGAGGGGUGAGUUUGAUUGUAAACUCAACAUCUGAGACAGCAUCAACAUCCGAAGUGUACAUACCAUAUCCUUCUGGUGGACGAUGGUACUUAGGGAUGAAGAGUACUUGUUACAACAAAAACAAAACAGAAGAAAAAUGUUUAAAACUACCUGUAGUAUUGACCCAAGUAUUUGUGACAAGAUGUGUAGACAACAAGUGUGGAGGGAAGGGAAAUUGUCAGGAGUUUUUCAGUGGAAUGUUGUUGUUCAGCUCCUGUGAAUGUUUAUCAGAUUGGAGAGGUUAUGGGUGUACUGAUGGAUCCAUGGCAGAAUCUGAUGGGACAAUUCUAAGUACAAUGUUAUUAUUAACUCUGAGUAAUGCAUUCUUUAUACCAGGAAUAUUUCUGUCAAUAAGACGUAGAAUGUUUGUAGAGGGAUUGGUUUAUGUCUUUACUAUGUUCUUUUCUACAUUUUACCAUGCCUGUGAUGUCAACAAUGUGAAGUACACAUGGUGUAUGAUGGAUUAUGGAGUGCUCAGUUUCUGUGAUUUCUAUGGAUCUAUCAUGUCCUUCUGGGUGACCUUGCUGGCAAUGUCACAACUAAAUGAUACAGUUCGAUCAAUAUUCCACAUGCUUGGUGCUCUAUGUCUAGCCAUGGGUGUGGAAUAUAAUAAACAUGGACUGUGGGUGUUUGUAGCACCAGCUCUUACUGGUGUAGUCAUUAUGUCAAUUUCUUGGGUAGUGCAAUGUCGUAAACGUAAAAACUGUUAUCCAUCAAAAUGGAGAUAUUUAAAAUUCAUUCUACCUGGCGUCUUACUAGCAGGGACAGGACUUAUCAUAUUUGCUUUCUUGGAGACAGACGAGAAUUACAAAUACACACACAGUGCCUGGCAUGUUGUCAUAGCGCUGAGUAUUGUCUUCCUGUUGCCAUCUCGUAAAACAUCCAAAGGUAGUUUUAGCCUAUCAGAUGAUGCUGUUUUAUCAGAUGGACAAGACUACAGCCUAGUACAAAACCAUCAAGUGGAAGCUGUGGGAAUGAUGUCAGCUGACGGAGUAGGAGAUGAUUCUGACGACGAGUGUAUAUUACAACCAAGCAGAUCUAGACAAGAUUGGAAUGUUAUAUUAUGACUAGAGAAUAUAGAGCAACCCACCUAAUGAAAUAUAGAGUAGAGAUAUUUGAUUGCGUUUUCAAGUGAUUUAAAACAUAGUAGACUUAACCUCUGUGUAGAAGAGAAAAGAACCUUAACUAGCGCUGCAAUAUGUAUAGAUGUAUUCAAGAGUAGAUAACCGGAACAAAUGUAGUAACACUAAAUAAUUGAUAUAUGAUACUAUAGUAUAUGGUUUGAGAUUAGCUUUUCUAUCUUUCUUGAUCUUGCCAUUGUAUCUUGCUACCUCAUUUUAAGAAAUAGUCCAAAAUUGAUCUUAGAUUAGACUUUUAACAAUUAAUUUGUAUUGUAAAAAGAACUAGGUAUGUCAGAUAUUGAAUGAGUAAGUCUGCAGCUCUGCCCAAUUUUUCUCUGAUUUUUGAAUUUGAUUAGAUCUAAAUAUAGCCAUGAUGUCAUUGCAAAAUGUUUUAUACAGCAUACUACAUUUAUUAUUUAAAAGCUACGCAAAAGUGCUAAAAACUGUUUAUUACAACAUUGACUAAUGAUUACUAUAUAACCACAAAAGAUUUUAAGCAUGCAGGUUGGUUGAUUGGAGUCCUCAGUGUUGGCUCAUUGUCAUCUCAAUAUAGCGUUCAAUACUUUUGUGCAUCUCAGUGUGAACCAUAUCAAGCCAUUGGGAAAAAUUAUAUUGUUAGUAUUGUAGCAAUUUAUUUACUUACCCUAGCUAGUUAUUAUUUAAAAUAAGCAGCUAUUUCAGGAAUAUUUUUUAUCUUUAGAAAUAUGAAUAAUGCAAUUACUUUAUAAUAUCCUGUUAUUUUUUAUUAUUUUUUUCUAUUAACAUGAACAUUAUAGUGAUGUGUGUAUAUAUUUCUAUGCUUGUUAUAUGAUUUUGAUCUCAUUGUUAUGAUUAUGAAGUGUUGGAUCUCACUAACUGUACUAUUUACUUCUCUGAUUAUACAUCUAGUAAUUCAAGGAAUCGUUAAUAUUUCACUUAUGGUAUAUCAUGUAACUUACCUUAUUAUUUCCAUAAAUAUAUACCCAUUGGUGACCUUUGGCUGUUUUCUGCACUUUGGUCGGGUUGUUGUCUCUUUGACACAUUCCCAAUUUCCAAGUCUUAGUUAACAUAUUUUUUCAAACGUUGAUUAUUUAUUUUUACUUUUAAAAAGUAAAUUAUAUUGUUUAGUGUUGAUUUCAUUGAACAAUUUCUUAUUAAACCAUUAUAAAUCAAAACUAUUAGAAUAAUUAGAUGUCAAGUUUGUCAAUGAUUAUUAUAUUAAGUAAACUAGUGUACUAUAUAUAUUUUUUGUAUUCUACAUUGUUAAAUAGAAUGAAAUAAAACUAGUCAAUCUCA